UUACGCGCAUCUAAGCUCAGCUGCACAGCGCUAUGUCAGAUAGCAAAAUGUGUUUUACAUGCUAAUGCUUAUAUUUAUUCGUCUUUUUUAUAAAUCUUUUAAGAACUGAGGUGGUUCAAAAGUACUCUGUUUAAGAGACGUGAUGAUUGGCGACUUUGAAACUCAUGUAGUUCGAUCCAGUGGCGAUCUAUGGUCUGAGGUUUGCUCCAGUCUGCCACAGCCACAGGAACUUGAAGAUGGACAAUUUACAGACUCAUUUCAGCCCUCAUCACAAGAGUCCCCUCAACCAAACUUGCCCAGAGCUUCUUUAAACCCCUGGGAACCAAUGGCUGACUCUGAAGUUUACAUAGCCAGUUUAGAAAAUCGGUUGAGGAGAAUCAAGGGACAGUCAAAUGAGGUAACACCAAGACAAAUGCUGCGUUCAUUGUCCCAGGCAAAAAAGGAAUGCUGGGAUAGAUUCCUCCAUGAUGCCCAAGCCUCAGAACUGUUUCAGGAAGGAAAUUUUGAUCAAAGUGCUUUGGAGCAGUUCAAACGCUGGCUGUCUCCUGAAAAGGUGGCCAUCAAUGCAGAAGAGCUAGAGUACCUUCUCCUGCCCACACAGAACGGCGAGCUUCCUGCCAACUCAGCCCAAACUGCUCAGCCAUGUGAGGAGGAAGAGUGCCCUAGCCCAGAAAAAUAACCAUAUCACAGAAAUAAUGUGCAGUUUUGCUUUACUAUUCAGCAGUGUUAGGGAGGAUGCGCAUAAGGGGGGUCUUGCUGUGGAAAGCAACCUGAUACUGUGAUUCAAUUCGAGGGGAACAUUCUAUAAGGAGCACAAGUAUUCAUUUACUAUCACCCAAACUAACAAAUGCUUUAGUGUGAAGUAAUGGUAAAUAAAGGCAUUGACUAAUCAGGAACAAAUAAAUGCAAACAAAUGGAGUCAUCGUCACCUUCGGCAUAUUUUAGCAUAGCUGUUAUAAACUCUGUGGCUUGAUACUUUGUAUUAGUAUAGUUAGGUUUAAUUCCUGAUUAGUCUAUGCCUUUAUGAACUGUAAAUUCAUGUACAUGAGGCAAUAGUAAGGGUUAUUUGUGGCCCUAUAGUAAGUGUUACCCAGUUGUUUUACAAAAAUAAAUUAAUGUGUACUCGGUUGUGCACAUCUCUCAAUCGUGUCUAUGCAUUAGUGCAUGCUUUUCUUCAUACAUCAUCCUAUCGCUACUAGACGUGUUCACAGGAUUGAAUGCAAGAGGAUUCAAAUGGAAUAAAUUACUCUGUGAUUAUA